AUGUCAUCCGACUAUUGUCGAAUUUGUACAUCUAUUUUGCGUGAUUAUUUUGGUCAAGACGUUUCCGAAAUUGCAAAACCUUUACAAUGGGGUCAGAAAUCCCUGAUGACUUUGAGUACCAUGUUGGAUGGAAAAUAUCCCCGGCACUUGAUACAGGAAACGAUAAUUGUUUUAUUGCAAUUCAAUUUUGUAUCGGCAAUUUGUAAUGUCCACUCAGUACAAAUAGAAUACAAACUGAAUAUGGAAAAUAUUCUAAUGAUUUUAAGGUACCCAAAAUAUUUAUCAAUUAUUAAGAGAAAAUUUGGUAAUCAAUACGAGGAACUUGUUGAAACUUUACUUUGUCUUGGUCGAGCUUCAUUAUCAAAAAUUGUUAGCGAAUGUAUUAAAUUACAAAAUAAAACCGAUGAUCUGUACAAUAAUUAUUGGGAAAAAGCUAUUGAAUUAAUAAGAAAUGAAUAUUUUAUAAGAACACCUACAUAUGUUGUUUGGACUGAAGUUAAACAAAAUAAAAUAUUUACACCACCAACAAAAAAUCAAAAAGAUGAGAAAAAAAUUUUGUUUACUCUCAAUUUUAAUAAGUUUCAUCAAGACAUGAGAAAUAAAAUCAUCAUAGAUGCUGUGGUAAGAACAUUUGAUGAUACAAUUGUAGGUGAAGUAAUGUCUACAAUAUUAAGUCAAUGUGCUGACAGUAGCGCACCAGUUUCAAACCCUAUAUCAUUACAAUUAAUUAGAAAUAAUUUAUCUGUUGGUCAUAAUUAUUUAUUAGAAUAUAUAACAAUGAUAGAAGAAGACCCUACUAAAUUUUUAUGUAAAUCUUAUGGUACAAUGUGUAACAUAACUGUUAAUUUUAAACAGAUUAUAAAUUGUUUAAAUGAUUCAAUAAUGGACCAAGUAGUAAGCUAUAAGUUUGGUGAAAGUUCUGCAAGGUUAUUCAGAGCGACUAGGAGCAACAAACUUCUUGAACUAGAACGUCUCCAACAAACUGCUUUAAUACCAGACCGUGAAACAAAAACAUUAACAUCUGAACUAUUUAUGAAUAAUUACCUCCAAGUUCAAGAAUUAAAAAAACCAAAUACUCGUUUAGGUCGAAAUGAUGGGAAAUCUUUUUAUUUGUACCAUUUAAAUGAACGUCAACUACAUCAAGAAUUAACAGAAGAAAUAUUAAAAAUGAUUGGGAACUGCAUGAUGUGGAAGUUUAAGACUUGUGAAGAUAAUAAGAGAUUACUAAAAAAUAAAGCUCGAUUUGAUGGUAUGGUUCAAGGAUUACAAGAUAAACAAGAAGCCGACAAGGAUUUUUUCGAAGAAGCUAUGGACAAUUUAUUUUCACCGAGUGAACGAAUAUUGCUGGACUCAAUAAACAGGCUGUUGCGCAAGUGUCAGCUAAACAUUAUGAGAUUAGACGUGUGUUUAUUUUUAUUCCAUUCUUAUAAGCGAUACAAUGAAACUAUUAAAUAA